GCAGCAGCAGCAGCAGCAGCAGCCCUCCCCCUCUGCAGCCUCUCCAGCAGUAUGCCCGACAUGCAGACGGAAGCAGGCGCUACCAUUUUGAAAUACAGCACCGCCUAGCGCCAUGGACAAGAGCCACACAGUGAAGCUCUUCGUGGGCAACUUGGCGUUGGACACCACCCAGGAGGAGCUGUCAGCCAUCUUCGAACCCUACGGCCAGGUGGUCAGCUGCAGUGUGCUGCGACAGUUUGCCUUUGUCCACUUGCAGGGUGAGGGUGCCGCCGAGCGCGCCAUCCGGGAGCUCAAUGGGCGGGAGUUUCGUGGACGGAAUUUGGUGGUGGAGGAGUCGAGAGGAAGGCCGUUGCACUCCACCAAGGUGUUUGUGGGUAAUCUGAGUGGGAUGUGCACCACUGAAGACCUCCAGCAGCUGUUCCAGACAUUUGGAAAAGUUCUUGAGUGUGACAAAGUCAAAGCCAGGCAUUCCUCUUCCGCAGGCUAUGCCUUUGUCCAUAUGGAAAACAAGGAAGAUGCUCUCCAGGCCAUCGAGGCCCUGCAUGGCACCUCGUUUAAGGGCCGUCCCCUGUCUGUAGAGCUGUCCAAGGUCCAGCCCAGCAAGCAGGCACCUACAGGAAAAAUCCCCUGCGUUAACUGUGGAAAGCAGGGCCACUAUGCUGGAGAAUGCCCUGUGGGGAAGCCUUCUCUGGAGCAGUACCAGAGUCAGGCAGCGGUCUUAGCCGCCGCUGCUGCUGCAGCCGCCGGCCUGCCACUGCAAGUCCAACAAAGCGUGCACAAUUCAGUCUACAACACCUCCACCUUUGAUCCCACAUAUGCGGCUCUCACUGGGAUCACCACAGGCACACGCACUGAUGGAAACCCAGUGAAUCCAGCUGUUUAUGGUGCCCUUGCCAGCCAGGUGUAUGGUGCCAAUGUUGCCAAUCAGCUUUAUGGAACGGUGGCCAAUCAGGCAGCUCUUACAUCAGGCGCCACCCAAAUGUACAGCUCGAUGACCCCCAACAUUUACGGCCAGAUGGCUGCAUCUCCGGCGGCUGCUGCUGCGGCUGCCGCCGCCGCUGCCUACUCUACUCCGGUGUACACCCCAACUAUGGCCAACACCCCUGUCUAUCUGACUGCUGCUCAUGGAUUAGAAAUGCCAACAGCAGCGGCUGCAGUCAACCCCGCCUACACUGUAUCUCCAGCAAUUUACGGUGCCGCUACACCAGCCUACGCUCAUAUAAGCGCCAUGGGAGCAGCAGACCCUACAGCCAUCUUUGAGGCAGCCAGACAGGCACAUUACUUUGCCCAGGGCCAGCAGGUUGUGGCCGAGCAGCAAUCAGUGGCUGCAGCAGCAGCAGCAGCAGCAGCUGUGGCAAAGUCUGGUGAGAGAGACCGCAGUCCCCUACGGAGGUCGUUGUUACCAGACCCUGUGAUGAAGCCGUUCAUGUACCAGAGAGCCAAGCCACGCCGACCCCUGCUGCCCACGCCAGCUGGCCGAGCGGCAGAAGAAGCAGUGGAGGCUGCAGAGGACCCCAUGGCCAGGUAUUAUGCGGAGUACUACCAGCAGCUGCAGCAGUACCCCCAGUUCCAGUACGCUUACCCACCGCCGAACGCAGUGACAGCCAUCCCUGGCAUGCCGGGAGUGUCAGCAGUCCAAGCUGUACCCACGAUGUCCGCCCAGCCAGUUGCCACGCUGGAUGCCCUCAGGCCAGUGGUCCCCACAGCUGCGGCAGUGGCAGCCGCCAUGGCUGCGCCCAGGGUGUAUGAGCCGCCGUUGCCGCCGCCCACGCGCAAGGAGGCCAUCCUCCGCCGCCCCGAACUCUCCCUUCACACGCCUGAGCCCCCCUUCCGAUAGUCGCACACAACUCUCUGCCCCCACCCCUUCCUCUUUGCCCUGAACCCCAUCCCCUCUUCCACCCCAAACUUGACCACCUUACAGCAGCUGUAUGUGUGUGUGUAUGUGAGUUUGUGUGCGUUUGAGGGCUCUAAGUGUGUGGGGUGGGGUUUGACACUGGGGGCUCCUUGGUUUAUUAACCUGCUUUACGAGGGACUUGAUCAGCUAACCUUGGUCCUGUUUGCAUACACACAGUGCAGCCACGAAAGGGAGGCUCUCAUCUGUUGUACGGGCAUUUUUUGUGCUUCUCAGUUUUACUUUUUUAUUGUGCCAGUCUCACACUUGUGCCAGUAUUAGACUGAUCCAGUCAGUUGUUUCAUAUGCCUUUAUUUCUGCAACCCAGUUAUGAUUUUCUAAGGCCAAAUCUACGAUAAAAGACAUCAGCCAUCCUCCUUAGGCCUAGAUGAUCAGUUAGGGCAGCUAAUUUGAAACCUUUUUUGCCUUAUGUUGAAGAGUUUAGAUUUAUAAUCAGAUGGGAAGUCAGAUAAACACAUAUUGUGUACUGGCUGCAUUGCAUCGUUCCCAACAGAACCAAGGUUGAUGUGUUUUGGGGGAGUGUUUGUCUUGAAUGUGAUGUGGAUGUAGUAUGUGUAUACGAGUGCAAGAGAGAGGUAUGUGCGGGCUCCUGACCUUGCAGCGCACAAAUGCAGCAGCUAAGACUGCGCCUUGCAGAAAAAAAAAAAGUAAAGCACACAUAAUACGUACUGUAUUGUAUGUUUGGAUCUCUCCUUGACCCCUUUUUCCCCCACCUGUACUCUAACUACAACACUGGAAGACACUGCUUCGCCUCUCUUUCUCUUUCUAACUACAGCUGCCUACCUCUCUGACAGUAAAUUUCAGUGGAGUCUAUUAUAUUAUAUUCCACACCUUUCACCCAGUCAGCAGUACAUUUCGUGCUCCUGUAAAGGUACAGGCUCAGCAGUUUAGGGAGGGAGGAGCCGGAUUUCAGUGGCAGUGACUUUUGUAGAUAUUCUGUAUUAAGUCCUCCUACAUGUUCAGAGGCCUUUUUUUUAAAGAAUGGUUUGUGUUUUGUUUGUUUUAGUGUUAGUUUAUAUGGAAUACAAGUCAACCUGGGAUGUAAUGAAUUGUAAAUGGAAAAAAUAACCCAUGUGUGACUACUGAAUGAGCUGUUUACAAAGGAUUUUUACACUGCAUCCUAUUAGGAUUUAUGAAUAUGUGACAAGCUCAAUUAUGUGCCUAUAAGCUUUGAGUGAAGUGCAUUACGUGGAGGGAUCUCCCAUUUUAAGUGCUUUUGACUUUUUAAUCAUUUCAAGGGAAGGGGGGUAACGGGGGUAACGGGAGCCCUACAGAGCUUAGUAUCCAGAAGGCUGCGAGGAAGGGAGUCUUCUCAUGGACUUGCACUCCUGUGUUAGAUUUGUUUCAUAUCAUAAGGUUUCUAAAAAGCCACAAAACUGAGCCUCACAGGUUCACAAUUAGCCGCUGGUUUUAAGCAGGAACGACAGUGAUAGCACCAAUGAAGUGAGAGAUGGGGCAGUGUCUUCCAGUUGCCCCAGCUAUCAUACUUUUUCCAACUACCAGACCUGCUUCAGAUUGUAAUUGCAAAGAUAUUUUAGUGUCUGUUUUAAUCUGGUUUUUGGACCUAGUAGGUGGGGUUUGCUGCAUCAGGAUAACAAAAGCUUGACUUGCAAGUACAGGCACUUUUUGACAUUCAUGAGCUUGUCCUGAGUGGCAAAUUCCACACAUUUGGUUCCGCAAUCAAUUAAAACAAUCACAACACAGUUUUUUUUUUGCAACCACUAUUUGAUAGCGGUCUGAUGCACACACAAACAUACCCUCUGAAAUCACCUUACUGCCUCGCUGUUUCCCCCCUCCCCUCUCCCCGUGUGGUUUUUAGUGGUUAAGUGACUUUUGCAUCUCACAGUGUAAUCUUUCUGUGUUGUAUAUACAAACACAUACCAGUUGCAUCCUUUGUAGAAUUAUGUGGUUUGCGAAAUGUCUUGUUUGCCAUGUUUGAGACCGUAUUUUUUAGAGAAGUAUUUUAAUUUUGCCUUUUUUUUUUAAGAAAAGACCAAAAAAAAAGUAAAAAAAAAUAAAAAAUCAGCAUGCUUUUUAUUGAGAAUAUGUAAACUAUAAUCAUUAUUAUAAUAAAGAAUGUUUGGCUGACUACUGUGGUAAAAGAAAGCAAAGGGUUUGGACAUUUCCCCUUCUUGUUUAUGUUCUUCUCCACUAUCUGUUUCUCUUGUGUAAAAUGACCACCAGACCCAUUUGACUGGGGACCCAGGGGGAGACAGGUGUAGAUGCUGGCCCAGCUUUGCUCUCUUUGGUCAGGGUAAGUGCGGGUUGGUGCUCCUUUCUCUCUCCAGCCUCUCAAAGUGGGUGCAAAUCAAAAUUCAUAUGAAGGUUUGCACCUGACCAAAUCACUUCAGUAUUUAAUUGUGGCAAGAAAGGCUUGGUAUAGUCCUUUUUUUUUAUUAAAUUGAUUUCCCAGCAGAAAGGACAUUGUAUAUACACACUGUGAAAUCAUGUUGAGAGCUGGGGAGAGGCACACAGAUAGAAUGGCCUGGGUGCAUUUUGAUCUGUGGAGCAGUCCUGUUCCUGGGGUUGAUGGGUGUGCGUCUGGUCUGGUCUGGUCUAGUCUGGUCUUUCCCUGCUGCACCAAAUUCUUCCCCUCCGUGUGUCUCUGUGUCCACUCUACUCUCAGACCUGCAUGUGUGAUAACCUGUAACUCUGCCGCAAAAAAAAAAAAAAAAAGCCCCGCGACAGUCCAGCUCUGAACUAACUA